UUGCAGGUUUGCAUAACACUACUCCCAACGUCUCGUGCCAUUCACGCAGCAAUUUUGCCAUCACCAGUAUUCUCUAAGCGACCUUUAGAAGAAACUGUGAACGAGGUAUUCUUACCAUCCGACCAUGUGGCAUCGACAGUGUGCAAGCCACUUUGGGAAGAUGGGGAACUCGGACUGGGGCUACGAAGAAGCGAAGCUGGACCAUGGCAGACUCGAAAACAAUUUGGUGAUAGGCUCAUUGUGCGUCUAGGAUAUUAUUAA